AUGAGUGAGUGCAACCCGGUUGCUACACCUUCAGAGUUAAAGAUAAAUUUAGUUGAAAAUAAUUCAAUUGAUAAACUUUGUCCAUAUCGUGAAUUAAUUGGAACUCUGAUGUAUAUGUACAUCGCAUCAAGGCCAGACAUAGCGAACACCGUGUCAAGACUAGCGCAGUUUGUCACGAAUCCAUUGAAAUGUCAUUGGAAUGCUGCCAAACGUAUUUUAAGUUAUCUUGCCGGUACUGCCAAUAGAAGCUUGCUGUAUCAAAAAUCCGGUUUACAGCUAGUUGGGUACGCUGAUGUUGAUUGGGGAGGCUGCACAACUGAUCGCCAUUCCCACACGGGAUACAUUUUCUUGCUCAGCGGUGCUGCGAUUAGGUGGAAGUCCCAAAAACAACGCACAGUCGCUCUUUCGUCCACAGAAGCUGAAUAUGUGAGCUUGGCGGAAUCAGCAAAAGAAGCAGUGUAUUUGCGUAGUCUCCUAAAUGAGAUUGGUUUACAAAAACUCGCUGAAGUAAUAAUUUAUGUGGACAACAGAGCUGCGCAGUGUUUGGCUAAUGAUACCGUUUUUCAUGCGCGUACCAAGCACAUUGAUAUCAAACAUCAUUUUGUGAGAGAGAUCAGGGUUAUUUUCAUUGAGGCACGUAUCUUCUCAAGAGAUGACUGCGGAUGUGAUGACGAAACCAUUGACGCGAGAAAUCCACGACAGAUGUCUUAA